UCUUUACAGAAACUGUACAUUCCUCUGAUAGCGGUCUUGGCCGCUGUCAGUGUUUAUGGCGAUGUUUCCCAUUUGGAUACUGAUCUCCGUGAAGAUGGCUAUCAUUACAAACAGCCAUCAGUGCCAUUUCCUCAACCUCCCUCAGGUAAUGGCAUAGAGGAUAAUGACUACAAACCUCCCCGGCCAGCUCCAGGACAACGACCAACGGGACCUGCAGCAGGACCUAGCUACAAACCAUCUGGACCAGCACCAGGUUUUGGACUAACAGGUCAACAGCCAUCUGGACCAGCACCAGGUAGUGGCGGUCCAAGUUAUAGGCCAUCAGGUCCUGCCCCAGGCUAUGGUCCUUCUGCCCCCAGUUAUAAACCUUCGGGCCCAGCACCUGGAUAUGAACCAACAGACACACAACCUUCAGCACCUGCACCAAGUUAUAAGCCUUCUGGUCCUGCUCCAGGUUUUGGACCAACAGGACAACAGCCCGGUUCUGGACCAAGUUACAGACCUUCAGGUCCAUCUGCACCAAGUUAUAAGCCAUCUGGUCCAGCUCCCGGAUAUGGACCAACAGGACAACAACCGUCGGCUACAGCACCCAGUUACAAACCAUCAGGUCCUGCUCCUGGAUUUGGUACUGGUUCUACUCCUAGCUAUAAACCUUCUGCACCUGCUCCAGGAUAUGGACCGACUGCAUCAGGUCCCGGAACGGGACCUCAAGGCCCAUCUGGACCUCAAGGACCGUCUGGACCACAAGGCCCCUCUGGACCUCAAGGACCAUCUGGACCACAAGGCCCCACUGGACCCACUGGAUCUCAGAAACCAAGCGGUGCUGGUCCAAGUUACUUACCACCUCCGAAAACACCAUCCGGUCCAGCACCCACCUAUGGACCACCCAAACCUCAACCUGGUAAACCUGGCCAAGGGCAACCACGUCCUGCACCCGAUUGUUCUGCACCACUUCGUCCCGGUCAACGUCCUCCACCUGGAUGCCCUGCACCCGAACCCGAUUGUAAUGCUCCAUUGAGACCUGGUCAGCGCCCUCCACCUGGAUGUCCUGAACCCGAACCAGACUGCAAUGCUCCCCUGAGACCCGGUCAACGUCCUCCACCUGGAUGCCCAGCACCCGAACCUGACUGCAAUGCUCCUCUGAGACCUGGUCAACGUCCUCCACCUGGAUGUCCAGAACCUGAACCAGACUGCAAUGCCCCUCUGAGACCUGGUCAACGUCCUCCACCUGGAUGCCCUGAACCUGAGCCAGACUGCAAUGCUCUUCUAAGACCGGGUCAACGUCCUCCACCUGGUUGCCCCGAACCUGAGCCAGAUUGUAAUGCACCAUUAAGACCCGGUCAAAGACCUCCUCCUGGAUGUCCUGCUCCUGGACCACAACAACCUGGUAGACCCGCACCAGGUCCUCAACAACCUGGUAGACCCGCGCCAGGUCCUCAACAACCGGGUAGACCUGCUCCUGGACCUCAACAACCUGGCAGACCAGCACCUGGACCACAACAACCUGGCAGACCAGCACCUGGACCACAACAACCCGGUAGACCUGCUCCUGGACCUCAACAACCUGGCAGACCAGCACCUGGACCACAACAACCUGGUAGACCUGGUCCAGGUUUGGAGUACUUACCACCUGAUCAAAAACCGCAAGGACCAUCUGCUAGACCACAACAACCUUUCCCAACUCCAUCAACACCAGUUAGGCCUCAAACUCCAGGACCAGAAUAUGUUCCACCAGGACCUACAUAUCAACCCAAACCACCACAAUCACAACGUCCUCAAGUUGACUGUUCUGCACCACUGAGACCAGGUCAACGGCCUCCACCUGGAUGCCCAGCUCCAGAACCUGAUUGCAGUGCCCCCUUAAGACCUGGUCAACGUCCACCACCAGGUUGUCCUGAACCAGAACCUGAUUGCAAUGCUCCCUUAAGACCUGGUCAACGCCCUCCUCCUGGUUGUCCUGAACCCGAACCAGACUGUAAUGCACCUUUAAGACCGGGACAACGACUUCCCCCUGGCUGCCCAGAACCUGAACCUGAUUGCAAUGCUCCAUUGAGACCAGGACAACGUCCUCCUCCAGGUUGUCCAGCUCCUGCACCCGGUCCUCAGCAACCAGGUCGUCCUGGUCCCGGACCUCAGCAACCUGGACGCCCCGCUCCUGGUCCACAACCGGGUCGUCCAGUUCCUGGUCCCCAACAACCUGGCCGUCCUGCUCCAGGUCCAGGACCCCAACAACCUGGCCGUCCUGCACCUGGUCCAAGCCCUGAGCAACCUGGUCGCCCCGCUCCUGGACCACAACAACCUGGAAGACCUGGACAAAAACCACAGUUCCCAUCCGAUAAACCUGGUGUUGAAUAUUUACCCCCCGAAGGAAAUGAAGUUGCUCCAACUAAUGGCAAUAAACCACGUCCAGGCACUAAACCUCAGCAACCAGAUUGCUCAGCUCCGCUGAGACCAGGACAACGUCCUCCUCCAGGAUGCCCCGCUCCUGAACCUGAUUGCUCGGCACCAUUGAGGCCAGGUCAGCGUCCACCACCUGGAUGUCCUGCUCCCGAACCAGAUUGCUCAGCUCCAUUGAGACCAGGCCAACGACCUCCACCUGGAUGUCCUGCUCCUGAACCUGAUUGUUCUGCUCCAUUGAGACCAGGACAACGUCCUCCACCUGGAUGUCCUGCUCCUGAACCCGAUUGUUCUGCUCCAUUAAGACCCGGUCAACGUCCUCCACCAGGAUGUCCUGAACCUGAAGCUGAUUGUUCGGCUCCUUUGAGACCUGGACAGCGUCCACCAGCUGGAUGCCCUGAACCAGAGCCUGACUGCUCAGCACCAUUGAGACCGGGACAACGUCCUCCACCUGGUUGUCCCCAACCUGAAGAACCAACGGGACCAUUAUAUCCAUCACCAUCUCCAAGUCAACCCAAACCAAGCUAUCCUUCCACCAGACCACAACAGCCAUCAUAUCCUGGAACACAAACUACAAAACCACAGCAGCCAUCAUAUCCUGGACCACAAAAACCAUCAUACCCUGGAUCUCAAACUACGCAACCACAAAAACCCUCAUAUCCCGGUUCUCAAACUACUCAACCUCAACAGCCGUCAUAUCCUGGUUCACAAACCACUCAACCUCAACAACCUUCAUAUCCCGGUUCACCAACCACUCAACCUCAAAAGCCAUCAUACCCAGGUUCUCAAACUACACGACCUCAACAGCCCUCAUAUCCUGGCUCUCAAACCACCCGACCUCAACAGCCCUCAUAUCCUGGCUCUCAAACCACCCGACCUCAGCAGCCCUCAUAUCCUGGUUCACAACAACCUUCAUACCCAGGCACAGAACCCGGUACUGGUGAGGAUGCCGGUUCAUUGGGGCCCGAUGGCUACAACUACAACAAGCCAAGUAAACCAUUCAAAUAUUAA